AUGGCUCGCUUGAUGCUCUUUCUAUUGGUAGUGGCUGAUAUCUUUGCCACUGUUGCAAUGGCUCGGCCUUCUCCGGUGGUAGUCCGAGCUGAUGCCGUCGAGCUCAUUGGCUCCUCUGCGGCCAAGCCCCCUUCCUCCAGUUUGUCUCCAAAUGAUUCAGAGGUAGUACUUGCGGGUGCGCCGGAGAAUUUACAAAAUCGGAAGUGCCGCAGUGCAUUUGAUAAGUCGAUUGCUGGUGGAGAAAUUAUACUUGCUGGGCUUGCAACUGCAAUUUUUGCCGCGGUUUUCUGCUAUAUUCGUGUCACUAGGCAAAGAGUUGAAGUGAGUAAAUACUGA